AUGUCUACGACGCGCGAUUCUCAGUAUGAAGAUUUCUUUCGUUAUACUAGUGGCCGCUGGGUUUGGGAUGAAGAACAACAGCUUCUUGAUCGUUAUAGAAGAUUCAACGUACAAGAGCUUCAGCGUGUCGCGGCGACAAGUGUCGGAGCGAAAGAGUGUGUUAGCAUGACAAAGUUGGCCGAAGGAUCGUUCAACAAGGUCUUCCGGCUUAUUAUGGAUGACGGAAGCGUUGUGAUCGCCCGGAUACCGAAUCCUAAUGCUGGACCUUCCUAUUACACAACUGCUUCAGAGGUUGCCACAAUGGAUUUUGUGCGGAUGCCAUUCCAAAAUCCGCUUGAAAGACUGCUGAUAAAUAACCAGGCUCGGACAAUACUCGAAAUCCCGGUUCCAGAAGUCUAUGCCUGGAGUGCGAGCAUCUCUAAUCCGGUCGGUGCAGAAUAUAUAAUUAUGGAAGAAGUGGUAGGGAGGCAAGCGGCAGACUCAUGGAACACAAUGGAGCUUGAAGACAAAGUUUCUAUCAUGAAGGAAUUGAUCUCAAUUGAAAAGAAGCUUCUGUCGGUAUCCUUUUCUUGCUUUGGUAAUAUAUACUACGCAAGCGAUAAUGUUGAAGGUUCUAUAGCCGCCAAGAUAGUAGGUGAUGUAUCGAUAGAUGUCCAAAACAUCGUAUCUACACGCUAUACUAUCGGGCCCACGGUGGAACGGGAGUUUUGGAGCAAAGAGCGCUCAGAAUUGGGUAUAGACCGGGGUCCAUGGAAGGAUCCGCACGAUUAUAUUUCUGCAAUCGCGCUCCGAGAAAUCGCAUGGAUUAAAAAAUAUGCUAUCCCUACAGUAUCUAAUGAUCCACUCAAGCCUUCGGCCGCACAAAAUUCUCCUAGUGAGCAUGUCUCUCUUCUAGAGAAAUACCUCGAUGUUGCUCCAUACCUCCUGCCGACAGACCCAGACCUUCUUACUGCCAACCUAUGGCAUAGAGACCUCCAUUCGGGGAAUGUUUUUAUUGAAAAAAAUCGCAUUACAAGUAUCAUCGACUGGCAAGGCACCUGGGCUGGUCCCUUGUUUAUACAGGCUCGACAACCGAAGCUUAUCAACUAUAAUGGUGAAAUCAUGUUAAAGCUCCCGGAGAACUAUAAGCAUUUGACAGAGGAAGAAAAGAUUCCGAUCAAGGAACAAGUCGCUAGUUCUAUCAUUCUUCAUCUAUAUGAAAACUUUACUGCGAAAGAAAAUCCACGCUUAAGCAAAGUUUUUCGUACUGAACACGGGCGGACGAGGGGUGAAGUCAUUAGCUUUUGCGGCAAUACGUGGGAUGAUGACAUCCUACCUUUCAGAGAAUCUUUGGUUAGGAUGGAAAGGUACUGGGACGAAUUAGCAUUCAAUAUCCCCUGCCCUAUCCACUUCACUGAAGAUGAACUGCGGUCCCACUUAGACGAUGCAGAAGGAUGGAACGAAGUUCAAGAUUUUUGGGACUCGGUUGCAGGAAUUGUCGACCGAGAUGGUUGGACUCCCUGCGACAAAUAUGAGGACGCUGUCGUUCUCUUCUCUGAGCUCAGACAAACUGGCCUGAAGAUUAUGAUUGGCCAGGACAGAAAUCGCUUCGAGAAGCAAACGCGCUGGGUCGAAGAGGUGGUUCGUACAGUGGAUGGACAUAAGUCUAAACGGGACGAUUAG